ACUUGAAUCCUUUAUAACCUCGAAAUAUCAUCAAUCAUUGCAAGUCUGCACCAUACGUUCUACAAAAUACAGUUUAAAACAAUAUAUUCAGCAGAAUUUACAGUAUAAAAACAAAUUAUUAAAUAGUAUAGUACUCUUUGAAUAAUCCAGGGACAGUGAUUCUACUCAAUCAAGUUUCUAUGUCUCCAUCUUCAUAGAUUGUGUGAUACUGAAUAAGUCUGGUUAUGAGUGCGUGUCUAGACAAUCUGUUUGGUAAUGUGAUGCAAAAUCAUGUCAAAUAUCUUAUCUUUUAAUAUAAUUUAAUUUAUAAAUCUUUUGAUCGAACGGUUUUUUUAUUUACCUAUCAUUGAAUUAAUCAUUCUUGUGCACCACGGUAUUUUUAUCAGUUCAUUGUUACGGUUUAUUUCUCUUUUCACAAAAUGCCGCCAAAGAAAAACAAGGCUUCUAAGAAGGAUGAUUUUCCUGAUGAAAAUACAGAUGCAGGAGUCAAAGGUAAGGGCAAGAAAAAAGGUAGAGGUAAGAGAGGUGAUUCCAGCGAUGAUGAGAAGCCGAUAGUUGAAAACAAUGUAAGUGAUGAAGAGAGCCAAUCAAAGGCCGGAAAGAAAGCAAAGCAGAAAGCCAAAAAAGAAGAUCCACCAACCACUGCCAAUGGUAAAUCAGAUCAAUCAGGAUCUAAACCAGCUGCCAAGAGUAAAUCUACUGUUAAGAAAAAACAGAAAAAAGGUAAAGGUGAUGAUUGGAGUGAUGAUGAAGAUGAACCAAAAAUUAAUAUGCUUGCUGCUAAAAGUGAUGAAACGGACAGUGAUGACAUUCCUAUUGCGGAAAUGGCCAGAAAAAUAAAGAAGAAACAAAAACCAAAAAUUCAGUUGGAAGAAGAAGAGGAUAACUCAGAUGAUGGAGAUUUAUCAGAAAAAGAUGAUUUUGCUAUUCCUGAAACAGUAACUUCAAGAAAAAAGACAUUUCUUAUCCCCAAGAAGGAUGAUAGUGAUAUUUCGGAUGAAGAUAAUGAAGUAGAGGAUAAAGUUGAUGAAAAAACAAAGAAUGUUAGUAAGAAACCUGCUAAAAAAGAUAAAAAGAAUACUGAGGUUGAUGAAAUUACUGAGAGUCUAUCCAAAGUCGAUUUACCCAAGGAAAAGGAAGUGAGUACAAGUCAGUCGAAUUCUUUGACUGAAACUCGUCCAACAGAUCUGGAUGCAACUUAUGUGGUCGAUCCAUCAGAAGAAGCUCCUCAGCCUGAUUCAACUACGGCAAAGAAGUUGACUCAUAAGGAAAAGAAAAAGUUGAAAAAAGAGUUGGAGUACCAGAAGCAAGUGGAGACCAUGACGAAGAAGGGAGGUCAAGGUCAUAGUGACCUAGGAGAGAACUUCACAGUUUCGCAAACACAGAAGUCUGUAGGACAGCUUCAAGCUUUAGAAAAUGCCGUCGAUAUUAAGGUUGAGAACUUCAGUAUAUCAGCCAAAGGCAACGAUUUGUUCGUCAACGCCAAUCUGCUGAUAGCUCACGGUCGAAGAUAUGGUCUCGUUGGACCCAAUGGUCAUGGCAAAACAACCCUACUGCGUCAUAUUGCUUCGCGCGCUUUUGCCAUUCCGCCGGGCAUUGACAUCCUCUACUGCGAACAGGAAGUGGUGGCCGAUGAUCUGUCGGCAGUCGAUUCUGUGCUCAAAGCUGAUGUGAAACGAACCAAACUGUUGGAUGAGUGCAAAGACCUCGAAGCCAAACAGGAGAAAGGAGACAUGACUGUACAGGAACGUUUGAAAGAGGUGUACGAAGAGUUGAAAGCCAUCGGAGCCGACUCAGCCGAGCCGAGGGCCAGACGAAUCCUGGCCGGUCUGGGUUUCUCCAAGCCGAUGCAGGACAGAGCCACUAAGAACUUCUCGGGAGGUUGGCGUAUGAGGGUGUCACUGGCCAGGGCUCUCUUCGUCGAACCCACUCUGCUUCUGCUCGACGAACCUACCAACCAUCUCGACCUCAACGCUGUCAUUUGGCUGGAUAACUACCUGCAAGGCUGGAAAAAGACUCUACUCAUAGUUUCUCACGACCAAAGUUUCUUAGACAACGUCUGCAAUGAAAUAAUCCAUCUCGACCAGCAGAAACUCUACUACUACAAAGGCAACUACUCUAUGUUCAAGAAGAUGUAUGUGCAGAAGCGCAAAGAAAUGAUCAAAGACUACGAGAAACAGGAGAAGAAAUUGAAAGAACUGAAGGCCCACGGGCAAUCUAAGAAAGCCGCCGAGAAGAAACAAAAGGAAGCUCUGACCAGGAAGCAGGAGAAGAAUAAAACGAAACAACAGAAAACAAAUGAUGACGAGACGGGUCCGAUUGAACUUCUGCAGAAACCGAAGGAGUACAUCGUGAAGUUUUCGUUCCCAGAUCCCCCUCCGCUCCAACCGCCCAUUUUGGGACUGUAUAGUGUGCAUUUUGGAUAUCCGGGGCAACCGAAGUUGUUCACAAAUGUUGAUUUUGGAAUAGAUAUGAACUCUCGUGUCGCCAUUGUGGGUCCCAAUGGUGUUGGAAAAUCGACCUUUCUGAAGCUGCUCACUCUCGAUUUACAACCAACAAAGGGCGAGGCUGCUAAAAACCAUCGAUUGCGUAUCGGCCGUUUCGACCAGCAUUCAGGCGAACACUUGACGGCGGAAGAGACCCCGUCCGAAUACCUGAUGCGUCUAUUCGACCUGCCCUACGAGAAAGCCAGGAAACAGCUGGGUACUUUCGGUCUAGUUUCGCAUGCGCACACAAUCAAGAUGAAGGACUUGUCCGGAGGUCAGAAGGCUCGUGUGGCGUUGGCCGAAUUGUGCCUAAAUGCUCCCGAUGUCCUUAUACUCGACGAGCCUACCAACAAUCUCGAUAUCGAGUCGAUUGAUGCGCUAGCUGAGGCUAUCAACGAGUAUAAAGGAGGUGUUAUAAUAGUUUCCCACGACGAGCGACUUAUCCGAGACACCGACUGUACUCUGUGGGUCAUUGAGGAUCAGACAAUCAAUGAAGUUGAUGGCGAUUUUGAUGAUUACAGAAAGGAACUUCUAGAGAGUUUAGGGGAAGUAAUCAAUAGUCCAAGUAUAGCAGCCAACGCGGCAGUUCAGCAGUAAAUACACGAGUCGUAUAGCUUUGAGAAUAUAUUAUUUAUUAAGGAUCACCGGUGAAACAAUUCUACAACAGUGCAAGAGUUGUGAAAAGCAUAGCAUGGCGAGCUUUUUCUACAAUUUCCAACUUCAAAAGUUAUUUCAAUACCGUUCUAAACGUUUAAAAAUAUUGUUUUUUCAACUAUUCUUCCAUGAUGGUUUUAAACCUGAAAACAAAGUUUUGUGUUAUAAUUGCAUGUAAAGGUUGAAACUUUAUUAAAAGUUUAAGAUUGGAAUAGUAUUAAGAACUGAAGUUUUGAACAAUAUUUAGUACUAAAUUGUAUUUUCUUCGUUAGGGAUACUUUUUAAUGUAAAUAAAAAUAUAAAUCUAAGAACCUUUUUUAAAAUUGUUUACUCACAAAAUUUUUCGGUUAUAAAAUGUUGCCAUUAUCAAGUGAUUUGGGAACAAGUUGUGAGUAGAGAAUUUUAAAAAGAGUACUUAUAUUUCUAUUUGUAUUUAUAUUUAAGAACUAAAGUUUGGAACAAUAUUCAGAACUAAAUUUUGGAACAAUAUUAAGAACCAACGGUUGGGAUAGAGAAACUUGCUUAUUUGGUUACUCAGUAAAAUAUUGAAGAAUAUUUUCCACAUCCUAAAAUAACAUACAGAAUUGCAUCAACUGAUUAAUAGUUAGUUCCAUUAAGCUUGAAAAGAAAUUUCAAUUAGCUUCCAUACUUUCCAAUUCACUGUUUCAGUCGUUUCUGAAAAAUAUUUCGUACACUCUAUUACAUGCUACUCUGUAUGUCGUUCUUAGAAUGUCAAUUGCAUUCGUAUAUAGUGUAAUUUAGUUAGUAACCAAACAAGCUAGUUAAUCUGCCCCACCCUGUUCUGAAUUCUAGUUUUCGAACAUAUUAUAUUCGUUUCAAUUGCUUUUUUUCAAAUGAUAUAAUUUCUCAAUACUAUUAAUCAUAAUAGCGUUGUAAACAUUAAAUGAUUUUAUAAACACUUCAAAAAAUAAAACUUGGGUUAUAUCGUU